AUGUCCUCCUCCAACGACGCCCCCGUCAGCCCUCGCUCCCAGCUCGUGCUGAGCUGCUUCGAGGAGCUCCUCGACUUCGCGGUGGCGGACGUGGCGUCGGAGUGCCACCGCAUCGCGCGCCUAGGCCUCGACCGCAGCGUCGACGCCGAGGAGGAGGAGCUCCGCCUCUGGGCCGCGCGCGUCGCCGGCGACCACCCCGGCGCCGAGGACGGGGCCACCCGCGGGGCCGGGGGAGGAGGGGGGAACAAGGGCGCGCCCGACGUCUUCGGGCAGACGCACCCCGCCAUCGCCGCCGACGUCGUCGACUGCAUGAACUGCGGCCGCCCCGUCGUCGCGGGCCGCUUCGCCCCGCACCUCGAGAAGUGCAUGGGCAAGGGCCGCAAAGCUCGCGCAAAGACCACGAGGAGCAGCACAGCUGGACGGAACAGAAACAGCAACGAUGUUCCUUAUGCCUUGUACAAUGCAAGAUGCUCACGGAAGAUGCUUUAA